UGAGAAAGCUCACUGUGGAAAAUCGAUCGACUUUUCAGAACUGUGUCCGACUCACUCGCAGAAGUGGCAGCAAAAUUUUCCCCAGGAGUGGAUUUGCCCUUUUGUUGAUAGAAGAAAAGAAGAAAUUAAUAAAAUAGAAAUACUCGUGUAGAAUUUUCAGCAUAAUAAUCAAAAAAAAAAAGUGUUCAAUUUUCAAAAGAAAAAGAAAAAUAAUCGAAAAUGCUUGGUAGUUAUAUUGAUGUGAACGUUCUUUUUUUCAUAAAGCACAAAAUAUAGAUAGAAAAUAUUGAACUUCUGUGGAAGAGCGAACACUAAAGGAGUUGUGUGGAUAUAGAAAUAUAGCGACAUAGAGAUCUUGUGAAAGUGCAAAAAAAAGAUUAAAGAAGUCAAUCUUUUAAGAGAAUUUGAUGGAGGACGAUAUUGUUGCAAAUUCGUAGGGUAGUUGAGUAAGAGAAAGGUGACUUCUAACGAGGCUCAAAAAGAAGCCAUCCCAGGAUAAGAAAAAGAAGUGAUCAGUAUCCGUGGGUAGCCAAUAAGUGUGUGUAGUGAUGUGUGCGAUAAUUGCGUGAACAACUGAUGAUGUCCAAUGUGUGGGAAUCAAACGAGAGACAAUAGUGCACAUGAGUCAUCAUCCAAGACAUCAGCGUCAAUCAUCAAAAGCAGGGGAUGUCGUCUUGUGACGAGGAAUCAAUUGAGUCAACAACUGAGCUACCAUCCAUCGAUGACUGCCUCAAGGUGCGCAAGUGGUGGUGCUUUCUGCUCUCCAGCAUCUUCACCUUUCUUGCUGGAUUGCUGGUGGUGCUUCUGUGGCGGGCAUUUGCCUUUAUAUGCUGCCGCAAGGAGCCCGAAUUGGGACCAAAUGAUCCCAAGCAAAAGGAGCAAAAAGCCUCAAGGGGCAAGCAAGAAUUUGAGGGGACUUUUAUGACAGAAGCAAAGGACUGGGCUGGUGAACUCAUUUCUGGACAAACAACAACUGGGCGAAUUUUGGUGGUACUUGUGUUUAUCCUCAGUAUUGCAUCCCUUAUUAUUUAUUUUAUCGAUGCUUCGAGCGAGGAAGUGGAGAGAUGCCAAACAUGGAGCAACAAUAUUACACAACAAAUCGAUUUGGCAUUCAACAUAUUUUUUAUGGUUUACUUUUUUAUACGAUUCAUAGCGGCAUCGGAUAAACUUUGGUUUAUGCUAGAGAUGUAUAGUUUCGUAGAUUACUUUACAAUACCACCGUCCUUCGUAUCCAUAUACUUAGAUCGUACAUGGAUUGGUCUGCGUUUCUUGAGAGCAUUGCGUCUUAUGACCGUUCCGGAUAUUUUACAAUAUCUCAACAUCCUCAAAACAUCAAGUUCAAUCCGACUGGCUCAACUCGUAUCCAUAUUCAUUUCCGUAUGGUUAACAGCUGCUGGAAUUAUUCACUUGCUGGAGAAUUCCGGUGAUCCCUUAGAGUUCAAUAAUCCUCAGCAAUUGUCCUACUGGACAUGCGUGUAUUUCCUAAUUGUAACAAUGUCAACGGUGGGAUAUGGUGAUGUUUACUGUGAAACAGUUCUAGGACGAACAUUUUUGGUGUUCUUCCUCCUCGUCGGUUUGGCGGUGUUUGCAAGUUGGAUUCCAGAAAUCACUGAACUGGCGGCCCAGAGGAACAAGUACGGGGGCACAUACAGCAAGGAUAUUCGAAGAAGGCACAUUGUUGUCUGUGGCCACAUCACAUAUGAAUCAGUGUCGCACUUCUUGAAGGAUUUUUUACAUGAAGAUCGUGAAGAUGUUGACGUCGAAGUUGUAUUUUUACAUCGCAAGGAGCCUGAUCUGGAGCUUGAAGGACUUUUAAAACGGCACUACACGACAGUGGCGUUUUUUCAGGGAACUAUGAUGAACGCUGUCGAUUUGGAACGAGUUAAGGUACACGAAGCUGAUGCCUGUUUAGUGUUAGCAAAUAAAUACUGUCAAGAUCCGGAUGCAGAAGAUGCUGCCAACAUAAUGCGUGUGAUAUCGAUUAAAAACUACAGUGACGACAUUAGAGUAAUUAUUCAAUUGAUGCAAUAUCACAAUAAGGCGUAUUUGCUGAAUAUCCCAUCGUGGGAUUGGAAGCAGGGAGAUGAUGUGAUUUGUCUGGCAGAAUUGAAACUAGGUUUCAUUGCACAGAGUUGCCUGGCGCCGGGAUUUUCCACGAUGAUGGCCAACCUCUUUGCCAUGAGAUCAUUCAAAACUUCACCAGACACACAGGCUUGGCAAAAUGACUACCUUCAGGGUACAGGCUGUGAGAUGUACACUGAAACCCUAUCACCUUCAUUUACCGGCAUGACUUUCCCACAAGCGAGCGAAUUGUGCUUCACAAAAUUGAAGUUGUUACUGUUGGCGAUAGAAAUUAAGGGGAGCGAAGAUGGAGCUGAUAGUAAAAUAUCAAUAAAUCCCAGAGGGGCGAAAAUUCAAGCGAAUACCCAGGGAUUUUUCAUUGCUCAAAGUGCCGAUGAAGUGAAGAGGGCUUGGUUCUAUUGCAAAGCGUGUCACGAUGAUAUUAAGGAUGAAACACUCAUCAAGAAAUGCAAAUGCAAAAACUUGACGGCUCAGCCAAGGACCAAAUUUGGUGACCUAGAUGUCGGCAUGAUAAUGAUGCAAACAGGAAUGGUCAAACAAGGCAUUAAUUCAGCCUGUCACACUUUCAUCGACGAUGAUCAUCAUCCUGCCCCGACGUUCACCCCACCGGAACUUCCGAAACGGGUGCACGUUCGUGGAUUGACAUCGGGCGAGAUCACAAGGGACCGAGAGGAUAUUAAUUUAAUUAACCGCAAUCGACGCAAUGCGCAAUUAUCUCAAGCCCCGGGUGGCCCCCAAAGUGGUGCUCUAGUGAAUUCCACGAAACAAGUUAACAAGGUGAAACCGAAUGUGAAUCGCCAACCACCGGAAAAUGCAGUUUCCCCAUCAAAUUACAAUCCAGCAACACGACCUGCGGAAACUGAAGCUAAUCCAUACGCGGGCUAUCAACUUGCUUACGAAGUGAAAAAACUCAUGCCCACGAGCCGGGGAAGUGGAAGUGGGGCGCAGGCUGGUACGAAUGGUGUGUCAAUGCCAGCAGGAAUCGCCGAUGAUCAGUCAAAAGAUUUUGAUUUUGAGAAGACAGAAAUGAAAUAUGAUUCAACGGGAAUGUUUCAUUGGAGUCCAGCCCGAAAUUUAGAAGACUGCAUUCUGGAUCGAAAUCAAGCGGCAAUGACUGUUCUCAAUGGACAUGUUGUUGUUUGCCUGUUUGCUGAUCCAGAUUCACCAUUGAUUGGACUCCGGAAUCUGGUGAUGCCACUGCGUGCGUCCAAUUUUCACUAUCACGAACUAAAGCACGUGGUUAUUGUGGGUUCUGUGGACUAUAUUCGACGAGAGUGGAAGAUGCUACAGAAUUUGCCCAAAAUUUCAGUUCUCAAUGGAUCACCACUCAGUCGAGCUGAUCUUCGAGCGGUGAAUGUUAACCUUUGUGAUAUGUGCUGCAUCUUGUCGGCCAAAGUUCCUAGUAACGACGACCCAACACUAGCUGACAAGGAAGCAAUCCUGGCUUCUCUAAACAUCAAAGCCAUGACUUUUGACGAUACAAUCGGCGUUCUAAGUCAACGAGGUUCCGAACUCGAUAAUCUCAACACGGCAGGAAGUCCAAUUGUUUUACAACGACGCGGUUCAGUUUAUGGAGCCAAUGUGCCAAUGAUUACAGAAUUGGUCAACGACAGCAAUGUACAAUUUUUGGACCAGGACGACGAUGAUGAUCCCGACACGGAAUUGUAUUUAACACAGCCAUUUGCUUGCGGAACAGCGUUUGCUGUUAGUGUACUAGAUUCCCUUAUGUCUACAACAUAUUUCAACCAAAACGCCUUAACAUUAAUACGAUCGCUAAUCACUGGUGGAGCGACACCAGAACUGGAACUGAUCCUUGCGGAAGGAGCGGGUCUACGUGGAGGCUAUAGUACUCCCGACAGCCUUAGCAAUCGAGAUAGAUGCCGCGUGGGACAAAUAUCACUGUACGAUGGGCCAUUGGCGCAAUUUGGCGAAUGUGGCAAGUACGGUGAUCUCUUUGUGGCUGCCUUAAAGUCAUAUGGAAUGCUGUGCAUCGGCUUGUACAGAUUCCGUGACACAAGUUCCAGUUGUGAUGCCAGUAGUAAACGCUACGUGAUCACAAAUCCACCAGAUGAUUUUUCACUACUGCCAACAGAUCAGGUCUUCGUUUUGAUGCAGUUCGAUCCGGGAUUGGAGUACAAGCCGGCGUCGUCGCGAGCAGCAACCGGCGGUAGGAAUGCGAGUACGCAGGGGUCCGGUGUAGGUGGGGGUGGCUCCAACAAAGAUGAUAACUCUUGACUGUUGUUGUGUAGCGCCCUGACUGAUGGUCCCUACUCUUAUAUAUGAACAACAUGGAUAUUCAAUGGUGCUUUCGCUCACUUUCUGCUCAAUGCGAUUGUCAACUUUUAUAGUUCAUUCUCUUGGUCUUUAUGGGAUGGUUUAUAGGACGUGAUAGGGACUAAAUAGGCGUACUAAAAAAAAUAGUUUAUAGCAAGGAGAAAUUUCCUAUAAGAAUGAACUUUAAAAUUUUGAACGUAUUGAGCUCAAAUUGUGCGAAAAAAAAUAUUGAUUUGAUUCUAUUCUUCUCUCUUUCUCUCCAGAAACACAAACAACACACCACUGGUAUGAGAAAUUUAUCAAGAUUUAUAACAAUUAGGCUGGGUGCAUGAAAUAAUAAUUAUAAUACAAAUAAACAAAAAUUAAAAAAAAGGAAGAAGGGAAGUAUGAUCCAAUUGAGAUUGGGAGAGAGAGUAGAAUCAACUCAAGAAAAAGUUGAAAAGAAGUGAAGAUAAAUGGAAAGAAAACCGAGUGGAAAAUCGUUGUUCAUUGUAUAAAAUUGCUUCCCACACCAUUCCGUAAUUUAAAAACAAGAAAAAAAAGAAAGAAAAAUGAAUUACGAUUUUAUAAUUUUCAUUAUUUUUUUUAUUUUUAGGUUGAGGGAAUAAUGUAGUGAAGAAAAAUAGUUUUUUUUUUGGAAAAGUUAUUUAGUUUUUUUUUUCAAAUUUAGUUAGAAAUGGGAUAUAUUGUUUUUUUUUGUUUUGAAGAAGUAGAUAUUUUUUUAAAUAGAUUUUAUUGGUUUGUUCUCUAUUUGUAGCUACUUAUAUAUUGUUUUCUUUUAGUCAAAGUAUAAUAAUUACAAUAUCUUUAUCAAUUUGUUAUUUUUAGAGGUGACAAUCGAUAGAAAUAAAAAUUUUAUUUGGUUGAAA